AACCUAACUUAAAAAACAAAUGGAUGAGGGCAUAUUUCAGAGCAGGGUUUAGCUUUUCCAUCUCCCCCUUUACCCGAACCCGACGACCUCUUACAGCCUCCACUCUCUUUCCUCCUUCACUACCAUUAUUCACAUCUUCGUCCAAAAUCAGAUUUCGUUCAUCCGUUGAAGUUAUGGCGCCUCAAUCAAAAUCUGUUGAUGGGGUUAACACCGAAUGGCCCGCUUCUAGAGUUCGAGACAAUUUUAUCAAUUUUUAUGAAGGAAAAAACCAUAAGUUAUGGAAAUCGAGCCCUGUUGUUCCUGUUAAUGAUCCCACUCUGCUCUUCGCGAAUGCUGGUAUGAAUCAGUUCAAGCCGAUAUUCCUGGGGAAUGUUGAUCCUAACAGUCCUUUGAACGAAAUGAAGCGUGCUUGCAACACCCAGAAAUGUAUUCGGGCUGGUGGGAAGCACAAUGAUCUUGAUGAUGUUGGGAAAGAUACUUACCAUCACACAUUCUUUGAAAUGCUUGGCAAUUGGUCCUUUGGUGAUUACUUUAAGAAUGAAGCCAUUGAAUGGGCCUGGGAACUCCUAACUAAGGUUUAUGGGCUACCGACUGAUCAAAUUUAUGCUACCUAUUUUGGUGGAGAUGAGAAAGCAGGACUAACUGCUGACACGGAGGCCAGGGAAAUUUGGCUCAACUUCUUGCCUGCUGAGCGUGUAUUACCUUUUGGUUGCAAGGACAACUUCUGGGAGAUGGGAGACACUGGUCCGUGUGGACCCUGUACUGAGAUUCAUUUCGAUAGGAUUGGGAAUCGUGAUGCUGCAUCACUUGUUAAUAAUGAUGAUCCUACUUGUAUAGAGAUUUGGAAUCUAGUGUUCAUUCAGUUUAAUAGAGAGACUGAUGGUUCUCUGAAAUCCCUUCCUGCAAAACAUGUUGAUACAGGAAUGGGUUUUGAAAGAUUGACAUCUAUUCUUCAGAAUAAGAUGAGUAAUUAUGAUACAGAUGUCUUCAUGCCUUUAUUCGAUGCUAUUCAACAGGCAACUGGGGCUCGGCCUUAUUCUGGAAAAGUUGGAGCAGAAGAUGUAGACAAAGUUGAUAUGGCCUAUAGGGUUGUUGCUGAUCAUAUAAGAACUCUCUCGUUUGCUAUUGCGGAUGGUGCUUGUCCAGGUAAUGAGGGCCGUGAAUAUGUUUUAAGGCGCAUUCUUCGUCGUGCUGUUCGUUAUGGAAGUGAAGUACUAAACGCCAAGGAAGGUUUUUUUAAUGGGCUGGUACCUACUCUGGUGGAUUUGAUGGGUAGUGUUUUCCCGGAGCUGAAGCAGCAUGAGAAACAUAUCAAAGAUAUCAUUGCAGCUGAAGAGAUCAGUUUUGGGAGAACAUUGCUUAAGGGGAUUGAGAAAUUUAAGAAGGCUUCUCUGGAGGUUGAAGGGAAGACAUUGAGUGGCCAGGAUGCAUUUGUAUUGUGGGAUACUUAUGGCUUCCCAUUAGAUUUGACACAGUUAAUGGCAGAGGAAAGAGGUUUAACAGUUGAUACAAAAGGUUUUGCUGAUGCUAUGGAAGAAGCAAGGGAAAGAUCAAGAGGUGCUCAAAAUAAGGAAGUUGGUGGGGCAAUUACGAUGGAUGCUAAUGCUACAGCGUCAUUGCACAACAAUAAAGUUCCAACCACUGACGAUUCCAGCAAAUAUGUCUGGUUCAAGGAUCAUGACAGCACCAUAAGAGCUGUAUACACUGGAUCUGAGUUUUUGGAGUCUGCUGAGGUUGGCCGGGAAAUUGGUGUUGUUCUCGAGUCCACGGGUUUCUAUGCUGAGCAAGGUGGUCAGAUCUUUGACACUGGAUCAAUUGAUGGCCCCCAUGGAAGUUUCCAAGUUUCUAAUGUCCAAGUGUUUGGUGGUUUUGUUCUACAUAUCGGCUCCAUUGAGACUGGUAGAUUAUCUGUCGGUGAUAAAGUCACUGGCAAGGUGGACUAUAGUAGACGUCAACUCAUUGCCCCCAACCAUACCUGUACGCACAUGUUAAACUUUGCUCUCAGGGAAGUUCUUGGGACUCAUGUAGACCAAAAGGGAUCUAUUGUUCUUCCUGAGAAAUUGAGAUAUGAUUUUUCUCAUGGCAAUCCUGUUACAGAUGAAGAAUUGAGGAAAAUAGAAAACAUUGUAAAUGAUCAAAUUAAAGCCGAACUAGAUGUAUUUGCAAAAGAGGCAACACUUGCUGAUGCCAAGCGCGUAAAUGGUCUUAGGGCUGUGUUUGGGGAGAUAUACCCUGAUCCUGUAAGAAUAGUAUCAGUUGGGAAAAAGGUGGAAGAUCUCCUGGCUGAUCCAGAUAAAGAAGAAUGGGCACAAUACUCUGCUGAACUUUGUGGAGGAACCCAUAUAUCUAAUACAAGAGAAGCCAAGGCAUUUGCUCUUUUAUCUGAGCAGGGAAUUGCCAAAGGAAUUCGUAGAGUGACUGCUGUUACGUCUGACGUUGCAUUGAAUGCAAUUAAUUUGGCAUGCUCCCUCGAGCAAGAAGUGAUUGAUGCAUCAAACAUAGAUGCAAGCCUGCUGGAGAAAAAAGCAGCUUCUCUGAGAAACAGUGUAGAUGCAGCAUCCAUCUCAGCACCUAAGAAAAGUGACAUAAAGUUGAAGAUUUCCUUGCUUCAGGAACAAGUGAAGACGGCAAGAAAAAAAUUGAUUGACAGUGCAAAACAGACUGCCAUUGAGAAGGCAAAGGCUGCUGUUUCAGAAGGGAAGAAAUUUUGCAUCUCUCGUGUAAAUGAUGGUUUAGAUGUUGCUGCUGUCGGGGAUAUUGCACAGCAUGUAAUAAAGCAAAAGUGGGGUGAUCAGACGAUAUCCGUCAUGGUCUUUAGUGUUGAUGAAACUGCGAAUAAGGCUUUUGUUUCUGCUGGAGUACCUGGCAAGGGCAACACAUGGAAUGGAUUAGAAGUGUCUGAGUGGUUAACAGUUGCUUUGGGUCCUCUAAAGGGAAGGUGUGGUAAGGGAAAAAGUAAUAUCGCUAAAGGCCAGGGCCCUGGUGUGUCAAAUGUGGAGGAAGCCAUAAAACUGGCAGCGGACUUUGCAUCGAUGAAGCUGAAGUGAGCACGUUUCCUACGUAUUAGCUGUUCAAACCUUUUUGCUGCCUGUGCGGUCUCAAUGUUGUUGCUCGCUCUUAAUCCCUCGAACUUUUUGGGCAAUUUUUUGAGAGGUGAGGUGCAGAAUGAUUGAUUAUUGAUAGAAUUGGGGUGUUAUUUAUAUCAUUGAACACUAGGAAUUAUUCGCAGAUUUUCAAGAACUGUUGUUUGUGAAUUUUAUUGAAGCUACAUAGUCUUAACAUAAGUAAAUAAAGUAGAACAUGAACUCUUCAAGAUAUAAAAAGUUUGAGAACAUUUGAGUUUUGUUGUCAUAA